AUGACGACGGGUUCCAAACUGUUGCUGAGCUGCCGGUCAAACGGGACGACCCGACCGACGUGGUAUGUCCAUGGUGCUGAAAUCCUUGCAGCCCAAAGCGGGUGGAACAGAAGGAUUUACUCUGAAGUUUUGGAGUUGUCGGCUCGAACCACAACCCUGAAGAUAGACGGUGUAGAAAUAGGGGAUGCAGGAAGGUAUGUGUGCGAGGAUGGAAACGAUCAGAAGAUUGUACGGUUGUAUGUUGUUGCUGAAAUUGUCAUGCAGGACACAAAACUUUCACAAAGCCUGAGGAAGGGCGAGGAAGGUGAAAUCGUGUGCGUCGUCACCACGCAGAAUCGUGUCAGGCCAACCGUCAUUUGGUACAAAGAUGGAGAAAGACUUGAUACAUCCUCUCCACAAUACGAGCAGACACCAACAGGGGUUCUACGUGUGGCAAAUGCUGGGAGUAAUGACACGGGGACCUAUCGCUGCGAGGCGGUCAUCCCAUCAACAGGAAUGUACAACUACGUCGACAUCGAGGUGGACGUUGUAACGCCAGCCUGGACGUACCGUUGGUGGUUCAUUCUCGUGACUGCGGCAGCAGGCGUGUUCAUCGCAAUAGUCUCCUUCGAUCUGUGCUGGUUCAUCAGUAAGCAGAAGAGGGCAUGGCAGAUCAGAAAGGAUCGGAUGUUUGCCGCGACGUGCCACCUCAGGGAUGGGGUUGGGACCGAAUCAGAGGAACACCUCAUACUGAAGGGGUCCCAAACGGGUCUGUACAGCUACGGUUCUUCGACUUACGGUGAACACAAGUUUGGAAUCGAGGCGCCCUGGGACAUUGGUCCAGACACGGACAGCCAGGAGCUUAAAGGUGUCGCAAUCGCUGAGAGAGAUUCUUCCAUGGAUGUUCAAGGUACCACAGACAGAGGUUCCUCUAUGGACAUUCACACGGUGCUGAUAUCAGCACCACCUCACAGUGAAGCAAGCAUCACAGACACAGACAUCAAGCUGGUUGACAGCAGUGUGAUGGCAAGUUCAGCAAACAGCUACAGCAAUGACAUAAGAAACAGCGUCUUACACUUGCAGCUAGACAGUCCGAGAAGCAGCGGAUCCACCGAUGAUGGGAAGACGACUUCGGAGAGUAGCAGGGCCUAUGUUCCUGCUCCUUACGUCACUGCGGCAACGGUCAAAUCUCCAAGAAGCCCUGCAAUCUCAGGGCAUCAUCGCCGAAAAUCUUCAGGGGCCACUAAGAUGGGGCUGUACCCUGGUAAGAAAUCUAGCGACUCUACAGAUGAGAUCGAAGUCAGUGCAAAAACCCAAAAGGCAAAGAACGACAAUUACAUCAUGUCUUCUGUCAUGGGGAGUGAAGCUUGGAGUAGAAAAGCUGUUCCUUCAGAGAGAAGGAAAAUAAAAUCUUCUGACAAAGAUGAAGAAGACAGCUGGCCGCAUAUUAAGAGUCUUUCUCACUUGCCGGAGACUUCCUUACAGAAGGGGCACCUGGUACGGCAGAGCGAGGUGACGGAGGUUCCUCCGAUCCUUCUGGAGAUUUCGCAAAACAUUCCAAUGGAGGAUGCCGAAAGGACACUGCCGAUGUCGCCAAGGGCAACACAACUCAAAACUUUCCUCGACAGUUUAGAUCAGGGCAGGAAUCUACCUCCUCCUACUCCCCAAGAAGGGGGACGAAACAGAGAAACUACAGAAAGUCCAAGCAAAGUGAGACACAGUCCACCUCCCAGUGUUUUCACGGUUAGCGGUGAGUUACUUCCAUCGCCUUCAGCGAAAAUGACAGUCCCGCAACUGCACGAGAUAACCAAAAUAACACCAACGCGUCAGAGGACCAACCUCUUUCUGUUGAGUCCCGAAAAGACGCCACCGCGGUCUAAGACAAGUCUACCGAAACUGCGUGAACUGAGCCAGAGGACCUCUAAGGGUCGGCAGAAGAGUCAGGAAGAACCACUACUCCCCGGUACGCAGCAACCAAAAGUUGAGUACUUUCGCCGCGCAGUGAGCCAUCAGGAAGGGACACAGAUGGAGACUCUACUGGGUCCGACGUACCCAAACUUUAUUGCAGCGCCACCUACUGGAAUGGACUGGAAGUUCAAGUUUGACGAGACAUACCUCUAAAAUGACUGAACAGUUUUUUGGCUCAGAUGAAGGAAAACGCAAGGUGAAAUUGGGAAAAACAAACAAAAGGAUGGAAUCCAUUGCUUGCAGUCAUGGCUAAGAGAAAUUGCAUGUUAUUGAACACCUUGACUGUAAAUAAUGUAAAAUAGAACAUUUUUACUGCAUAUCUGAAAGAGACCAUCAGUUUGUCAGGUG